CUUCGUCACGUGGGGAGUGGGAGAGAGCGAGCGCGUGCCGAUCUCUGGGUGGGAGGGGGGCUCUUGAGCGCUCUUCUUUCAGCUACAUGUGGAAGCAGCUGCUGGGGGUGACGGUCAGAGCCAUGUCUGGGGGGGGGACCCGUCUUCAGCGCCCCCCGAAGGACCCGCUGCGGCACCUUCGCACGCGGGAGAAACGCCACGGGGCCAUCGACCGCAAAGGCCCCAACACCGUAUACGUGCAAGUGGUAGCAGGAGGAUCGCGAGACAUGGGAGCGGCGGUCUAUGUCUUCUCUGAAUACAACCGAUAUCUUUUUAAUUGUGGAGAAGGAAUACAGCGCCUUAUGCAAGAGCACAAGUUAAAAGUGGCUCAUUUAGACAAUAUCUUCCUCACUAGAAUGAAUUGGGCAAAUGUUGGUGGCUUGUCUGGAAUGAUUCUUACCUUAAAAGAAACAAGAGUUCCCAAGUGUAUUCUUUCUGGACCACCACAACUGCAAAAGUAUUUAGAAGCAAUCAGAGUAUUUUCUGGCUCAAUGAAAGGAAUGGAAAUAGUUGUGCAGCCUUUUUCUGGUCCAGAAUAUGAAGAUGAAACGAUGACAGUACAUCAGGUCCCUCUGGUAGCCAACUGUGAGCAAAGGAUACAUCCAGACUCUAAAUCACUAAUAGAUGAGGAUGAUCAAAAACAUACGUCAAGUCCAGGAUCUCCUGACAGGAAUAAACAGUCACCUGAUAAAAUAGGCAGCAGGAGGCAAAUACUUGAAAGGGACCCAUCUCUUGUUGUUGCAUAUAUUUGUAAGGUCCAUCCAAAGAAAGGGAGCUUCUUAGUUUUAAAAGCAAAGGAACUUGGCUUGCCUAUUGGCAAUGCAGCGAUUGCGCCUAUAAUAACAGCUGUGAAGAACGGAGAGAAUAUAAUGUUUGAAGGGAGAGAGAUCUUGGCUGAAGAGCUUUGUACACCUGCAGAGCCAAGUAUAGUGUUCAUCGUAUUGGAGUGCCCUCAUGAAGGUUUUAUAGAUGCAGUCUGUGAAAACAGUACACUGCUAAGGUAUCAAGAAGAGAAGCAGGAGCAUUCUGUGGCUUUAGUUGUUCAUAUCACUCCAGAAUCUGUUCUGCAGGAUAAUCGGUAUAAGCAAUGGUUAGAAAGCUUUGGUGAAAAUACUCAACACUUGAUACUCAACGAAAAUUGCAAGUCAAUACAUCAUCUUCACAGCUACAGAAUUCAAAGUCAGCUAAAUUACAUACAUCCAAAGAUCUUUCCAUUGCUUAAAAACCACCCAGGCAAGGAAGAAGAGGCUGUGUUCAGUGUGCCUGUGACACAAGGAGAAUGCCUCCUCAAAUACCAGCUGAGACCCAAAAGGGAAUGGCAGAAGGAUGCUCUUUUUAGUUAUAAUCCCGCUGAAUAUGUAGCUGAAGCCUUGCAACUCCCUGAUUUCCAGGAUUGUGUGCAGAAGUGCCAAGAGAGCUUGUCAGUGAAACCAGCAUCAUCAGAAAACCAAGAUUGCUACCCAGAAGUUGUGUUCUUAGGAACUGGCUCUGCAGUACCAAUGAAAAUACGGAAUGUCAGCUCUACCCUGGUGAAUAUUAGUCCUACUCAGUCUGUGCUUCUGGAUUGUGGUGAAGGAACUUUUGGCCAGCUUUGCCGCCACUAUGGAGAUGAAAUUGACAAAAUAUUGUGCAACAUUGCAGCAGUAUUUAUUUCUCAUAUACAUGCUGAUCAUCAUACAGGCUUGUUAAAUAUCUUGUUGCAGAGACAUCGUGCACUUGUAUCUCGGGGGGAGUCUCCCAACCCACUGUUAAUGGUUGCACCCACAAUACUUAUGACAUGGCUGAAUCAAUACCAUGAUCACUGUCAAGAGAUCCUGGGGCAUAUCAAAAUGAUUCCUGCCCAGUUUUUAAAAGAAAACUGUGAUAUAUUUAAACCCAGUGCAAAAAUGUAUACUGAAUUGCUUAUGGAGAAAUGUGACUUCAGAGAGUUUCAGACAUGCGAAGUCCGGCACUGUAAGAAUGCCUUUGCUUGUUCCAUGGUCCAUAAAUCUGGUUGGAAAAUAGUCUAUUCUGGUGACACUAUGCCAUGUGCCGCUUUAGUUGACAUGGGAAAGAAUGCUUCUUUGUUGAUUCAUGAAGCAACAUUGGAAGAUGGAAUGGAAGAGGAAGCUGUAGAGAAGACACACAGCACUACUUCACAGGCUGUUGAAGUUGGGAUGCAAAUGAAUGCAGAAUUCAUCAUGCUCAAUCACUUCAGUCAACGCUAUGCUAAAAUUCCUCUUUUCAGCGAGGAUUUCAGUGAGAAGGUUGGAAUUGCAUUUGAUCACAUGCAGGUUCGUUUUGAGGAUUUUGAUGCCAUUCCGAAACUGAUCCCACCUCUGAAGGCCUUGUUUGCAGAUGAGAUUGAGGAGAUGGAGGAGCGCCGGGAGAGACGAGAAUUGCGCCUCUUGAAAGAGGCGUUCAAAGCCUCCCAGACUGUCAAGGGGAACAAGUCACCAGCCAAAAUGAAAUUGGAAUGCACAGAUGAUUCUGUUGGAGCACCAAAUAAAAAACUCAAAACUACCAAUUAAGCAAAGCAGCAAAUUAGCUGCCGUUGUAUCAGGGAGAGUAACUUCAGCAUGACAUCUGAUAUGUGUGACGCUAAAGGCUCUAGGAGUUUUCAGCACAUUGAACUUUGCCAGACUGUUGGCUCUGGAUAAAUUGCCUGUGUUGCCUCUACAAGCAGAACUCCUGUUGGACAUGUUAAUAGCAUAGCUAACAAAAUGUACUUCCUAGCUUCUCUGGAUAAAUCCAGAGACACCAUCUGGUCUGAUGGCUCAUUUGCCUGUCUGCUGGAAAUAUUUUAUUUUACCCUUCUCUUGCCUUUUUUUUUUUAAAAUAUGGUUUAGACAAAGAGGAAAUAUGGUCACUUAGACAAGUGGGGAUCUGCAACUUAUUUGACUCUCAAAAUAUUGGUUGAUUUCUUUAAAACAAGUCCUUUACACUGGAAGAGCUUGUAGUGUUGUGACCAUAUACACUUCUGGAGUUGUCAAUGCAUAUCUAAAAUUAAUUUUGCAGCAUUUUUCCUAUGAAGCUAUUUGCAGUGUACUGCUUUAAGCACAGUACUCAUAUUUUUAAAUUCAAGGGCCCAGUAAAUAGAAUGUACAGAGCAUAUACAUUGUGUGCAUAUUGUCCUAAACUGUAUUCAGCUAUAUUAUUGCAAGGUAGACAUUUCAUAGAGUUAUACUAACCACCUAAAUAAGUACAAACUUACUGUAUUUUUUUUUCCUAUCGUAUUAUCCACAAAAAAGAAACUCGAAUUCCCUAUCAGCUCCAGCCACCAAAAGAACAAAGUGAUUAGAGUUAUGGUUCAGCAAAUACCUGGAUGGCUAUAGGUUUCUUACCCUUCAUUAGGGUUGUAAAAGGAACAGGCAUAAUUACAGAUAGUAUUAUUCAUUAAAUUGAUAUCCCAGCUUUCCUUAUGAGAAUCGAAGCAUGCACAGUAUUCCAUCCUCCUCUGAGGAAUAAGCUGGACUGGAAAAUAGCUCAAUCAUUUAGCUUCCAUGUCUAAGGAUGAACUUGAAGCUGUGUCUCUUCUCUCACCCCUCCCUAGUCCAGCAUCAGCCAUAACUCAGUAUUUAGAUGCCAUUUGUUGUUGCUUCUCCAGAUACAUAGUGAGGGCAAUCCUUGGUAAAAGUAUCAGAGGAAACCAACGACAGGGCCAUCCUUGCCAAUAGUUCUCAAGUAAAUGGAAGGUCCCAAAUUUCUGUCCACCUUGCUUUAGGGAGAGUUUAAAGCAAAGAAUGAAGUAGUUAUCAGUUAAUUGCCAGGGAAGGCAGGGGUAGUUUGUUGGCCUAAUGCAGUGUUUUUCAAACUUGGGCACUUUUAAGAUGUGUGGACUUCAACUCCCAGAAUUCUCCAGCCAGCAAGUGGCCAAGUUUGAAAAACAUUGCCCUAAUGUAGUCUUUGGAUAGUCCCUAAAGUGGAUGUACUGUAAAGGCAAUUAAAAUGAGCAGAAUGAGAAGUGUCCUUCCUCUAUAUUAAGAGACUAGUAGUUGAAAAAUCUGAAAAAGUGGUUAAAAGAAAUUCCCAUUUCUUGUGAAGCUGUUGAAAUACAAUUUUCCUUCAUUCUGGUUUACUUACAAUA